AAUGACCAUUGCUCGCAUAACUGAGUGAGAGUCAGGAACGUAAGUUCAUCGAUUACUGAUGACUUGUAUUUGUUAACUGAGAAUAUAGUGUGUGUUGUUUCGUUGCUUUUCUUUAACUGACGUUGCAUUUUGAAGCAACAAGUAAAAUUUUACAAAAUAUACACUCGCUCAGAAUCGUUAAUGUAAUUCAAAAAAUAUUUUAAUCUACCAUAAUGAUGGAUAUGACUGGAUCGGCUUCGCAACUGAUGCCCAAAGGUACUCGAAGACAAUUUUUCCAAUGGAUUGUGAAGUGGUUUUAUGCAAAUAGUCCCGACAAUAAUUUAUUGAAACCCGACAUCUCGACCAUCAUCUGUUUGCUGCAAGCAGUUGGAUUUCAGCUUCGGCAGUUUGAAAAAUGCGAGGCUGCAAAAACGGCAAACGAGCCGGUGAAACCCAAUAAUACCAGGAUAACAUUGGAGUGUGGCACAUCGAAAAUGGUAGCCACUCUGGAAAUGAACGACGUUGCCUGCGAGUGUCCCAGCGACAGCGACAGGGACAAUGCAGAUGGUUCGUUUUGGAGCAUCACCGGCAGCGGACCAGCAGGUGAAAACAAGUUACACUCGAGCAUGAAUCACAUCGAGGAAACGGGAAGCAACUUAUUGCCAGAAUUGUCGAAGGAAACGACCUUGUUGGUGCGAGAAAUUACCCAGAGGCUGUUCACUAUAAUCGGCGGCAAGUGCGAACCAUGCAACAACGUCGACGAGGUGCCAAUGCUGAGUAGCAACCAAAAGCUCAACACGUCGAUAGCCAAGAGUACGGAAAAAAUGGAGAACCUAACUCGCAGUUACACGGACUACUUUGAUUCGCAAUUCAAACCUCGGACAUUUGUUCCAAACGGCACGAAUCUGUUCAAUGGGAGACUCGUCACGGCGAGAAGCGUCAACGACGUCGGCAGGGCGACGACGACGGAAAUACCGAAACUCACGAGGCAGGGCACUUACGAGCUCGACCCGUCGGCGAACGACAGCUUCGAGGCGAGAAAGUCACCGCCGAGGCCGGCGAUCUCGCCACCCUUGAGCCACGCCUUGUCCGAGUCCCUCGGCCAGAUAUCCAUACAGAGCAACGACGAGGAGCUCUUCGGACUGGCCGACUACGUCGUCAAGGCGCACCAAAUACUCGACAGAGCGGUCAACUUCAUCGCGAAAAAACUACCGAAUCAACCGGUCUCCAGCAACAUGUCCUUCGCAGAGGACCCGGAAGAAACGCCGGAGAAUCAGGCCCAGAAAAUGGCCAGAUUGAUGCCGCCGCCUUUGAUGAACAGUAGCUUCUGCCUCAGCGCUCCCAGGAGCCUCGGCAAGAUUCAGACGAGCGUCGCGCGGACCACCACCACCACCAGCAGUGGCGCAGCCGUGAAGCCUCCUCCGAUUCGUCGUGCCGUCUCGGCGAUAGCCGGCUCGAAGGUCGCUGCGUCGACGGCAACCGGCACGAGGCGUGUAGCCACGCCACCGACCAAGCCCGGCCCGGUCAGGACCCUCAGCUCUCUUCAGGCCAAGGCCCAAGUCGCGAAGCCGAUUAUCUCGGGCACGGCCAAGCGCAAAUCCGUGACUGGGAACAACAACACUAGUGGCCCUGGUGGCCCAUCGGCAAUCGCUCAACGAACGAAUCUGGCGACGAAACCUCCGAUCGUUACCAAGCUAGUCGGCACGAAAACUCUGCCGGCCACGGUUACGAACCGAAGUCUUCUCGCUAAAAGGGCCUCGGUAUUUGAACAGAAGGCAGCGGCGGCGGCUGCUGGGGGUACUGCCGCGUCAGCUACGGCCAAAAUUGGCUCGCCGGCGGUCACGGGGAAAACGGCCUCGCUGCUCAGGCCACCGAGUCACGUAAUCGCGUCGAGGCUCAACACUUCCACCGCUUUGGCCAACGGCUCGAAAUUCGGCUUUACGGGACUGAAAAAGUGAAGCUGGCUCUACUUGCAGCACUCAUAAAAUUGCCUAAUUUUUAGUGACUCUUUCGCAGUCUUGCUUAUUUUUGUUUAUGUUUUUAUACGCAUUAAGUUCGUAAGAAUUUUUGUCUACAAUUACGUUGAAUAGUUUUUAAAAAAUUAUAUUGUUGGUACGAACAAUUUUAAAAUGAUUUAAAUUUUUCCAUGAAAAAAAUCAAA